UGUCAAUUCACAUGUCUAACAGUUGUACAGAGCAGCAGCGCCGGCCAUUGAGAGAGGCUGAGCUGUCCCUGACAGAGGCUUUAAAGACCCAGCUGGACAAAGCACUGAGUAACCUCGUCUGACCUCAGUGCUGGCUCUGUGUUGAGCAGGAGGUUGGACUAGAGAUCAAAAUGGUACCUUCCAACCUGAAUUUUGCAAUCACCUUCAGUCAGUCUGUUUGUUCUCUACACACAAAGGCAGUGUCUCUUAUCUGCUUCAUAAAGAUCUACAUGGAGCAUUAAAAAGCUCCACUACUGAAAGAAUGUGGACACACACUGUGUUUGUGUAACCUGCUGGUUCAGGUUUUAGGGUUGAGAGCAAAUCUUUAGAGAAUGUAUGGUCAUACAGAGAAGGUUUGGAAUAGCAGACUAACUCCACAGGAGUGGAGGCCCUUGGGGGAAAUACCAUUUCAGAAACACCCAAACAUACACUUAUAUUAAAAAGUUAAAAAAAAUACAAUUUUCUUUUUCAUUGGAACUGUCAGCUUGUCAAUUAAACACCUCUGUAAACACCUCUUGUAGCUGAAUCUUACUCAGAAAUAACAGGUACUAUGUAUUUUCCCUUCUCUCUAUGUGGGAGCCUGCUAUUAGCUCUGCUUUAGCUUCGAUUGUUUAUCAGACACUUUAAGCUGUGAACUGUACCACGCCGUUUCAUUAGCACAGUCCCUCCGGGAUACCCUGCAGCACUUUUGUAGGCUGCAGCGUCAGACAGAGAUCCAUAGGCAUAUCCAUAUGCGGCUCGUGUGGGAUGGAGCUGGCAGAGCCCUCUGCUGGAAGCUCCCCAGGCUGCAGUGCCACGGACACGAAUCCUCAAUGCACAUGACAAGGCUGAGCCAGCCUGGCUCUGGUGCUCUGCGACACUGAUCCAGGCACAAGUCUUAGUAUCUGCUAUCCACUAGCAAGAUCCAUUUGCCCAGUGUUUUGUAUCCUAGUACUUGCACCACCUCUUUAAAGAAUGCCCUGUGCCUUGGAUGUACUACACAUUUCCUUCAAAAGGGUUCAAAUUCCAGCUUGUACCUCUCUGUGGAAAUGACCAUCAACACCUUGCAGACUGCAGUUACAACACACUGCAGCACAAGAUGCUGUGCAGAUGCUGGAAGAAAGGGGAGAGCCACGACAGAUGAGGCGAAAAAGCGCCGCUACCGGGAGAAAAUAUCCGAGUACAUGACCAGAGCCGAGGACAUUAAAAAACACAUUGAGAAAGAGAAACAAGAUGGCAAAUACCAUAAGCAAAUCAGGAUAGAAGAAAAUGCAACAGGUUUUGGUUAUGAAAAGCUUUUCCACGAGUACCUCACUGAGAUUGUUUCUGAAGUUUGGGUGGAGGACCCAUACAUUCGGCAGGUUCAUCAGUUGUAUAACUUUCUACGAUUCUGCGAGAUGCUCGUUAAGGGGCCAUGCAAGGUGAGAACAAUCCACCUCCUCACUUCCUAUGAUAAGGGUGGUGGGAGUAGUCAACAGAUGGCUGCCUUGGAAGAAAUAAAACAGUCAUUGAGUAAUUAUGGAGUAACACUGAAUAUUGACUUUUCAUCUUCAAUACAUGAUCGAGAAAUCAGAUUCAACAAUGGGUGGAUGAUUAAGAUUGGAAGGGGUCUUGAUUAUUUUAAGAAACCACAGGGUCAUUUCAGCAUUGGAUACUGUGACUUCGACUUGAGACCUUGUCAUGAAACAACAGUGGAUGUCUUUCAUACUAAACACACAAAGAAAAUGUGAUCAGAAAUGACUGCUUUUAAUAAGUUUUUUCAUAAGCAUGAAAAUGUGAGACUGAAAGAUGUUGCUUGAGUCCAGCUGGUUGCUGACAGAAGCAACUCUUCUAAGUUCUUAGUGCAGCAGAGCUUUUAUAAACUGUAUGUUUAAGAAUAUUUGAGACUUUCCAGUCUGAGAAAACAGAACUGCAUGAUGCCUUCAUUGUACUUCUGUAAUCUUAGUUAAUAUAAUCCAUGUCUAAAUUUUAUCUUGAUUUCAUAACAGACCCUCAAUAGUGGCUUUCAAAAGCCUCUUUACUUCCAUUUCUAUUUUUAUUAUUGAUUUUGUUGUGAACCUGUUUUGGAUUUUAUAUCUUUUAACUCACAAUCAUUGGAAGCUGGGCGGCCACAUGGCCUCUUUUAUAAGCAGUCUUAUUUAUUUCCUUUAAUUCCUGUAUUCUAGUCAUGAGUACUAUUUUGCUGGGUUUUUGUCAAACCUGCAGUACUUUAUUUCCCAGACUUUAUUAGUAAUCCCAAAUUUCACAUUACAUUUUCCAAGCUCUUUGCCUACAAACAUGGUAGCGUUCAGUACACGGUCAUUUUAGGGUUGUCUUAUGUGUCUCUGCAUAAUGGCUUUUGGACUGGGAAGGCUGCAAUCAGCUGUAUUCUCCUCUCUGUCACUCCUGUGUGUCCUUUUAUUCCAUGAUACAUGGCCAUAUACCUGAUACCCAUCCUUUGCAUUAAGUGUGGAAAGGAUGUGUGAUCCUCUCCCAGUCUUAUUCUCUGACUUUGAAGUCCAAUGACUGGCUUUUCAUGCCACUCUCAACUGCAGUAAGCUAUUUUCUGCUACUAAGGUAGUCCCCUAAAAAGAAUAAGAUUUUCCAGAAGUUGGAUACCCUGAGUAUCUCAGUUGGUCAGAGCAUGGUGUGAAUAAUGCCAAGGUCAUGUGUGUUAUUCCUGCAAGGCCUUUCACUAAAUAGCUGGACUUGAUCCUUGUGGGUCCCUUGCAAUUCAAAAUAUCGUGUGAUUCUAAGCAAUACACUAUUUAGAAUAAAAACCAAGUCUUCCAUUGUCAUUCCUUCAGCCUUUGGAAACCAGAAGGUAUUACCAGAGGUGCUGCUCUUUUUUUUUUUCUCAUACAAGAGUUCUUUGUUAGCAAGAAUCUGCCUAAGUCAUACACUGACAUAAAAAACAGGCAGUGGCCUCUUUUUUAGGUCCCAUCAAAGUCUUUUCAGCCUCAGGACUGACACGUGCCUUACACUUUAUGCCUUGUAAUACAGUAGGCCUCUAUAUUCUAGUAGCAUGUUUAUUGCUGGAACGUUUUUUUGUUUCCUGCAUUACUUUUCCCUGAUGUAUAGUGUAUUCCAUUAUCUUUCUUUUUUCCUUAAUGUGCUUUUUAUUUCAUUUUCUGUCAUCUAAUGCUGCUAUUCUUUUUCUCGUUUCUGACUGUUCCACAGCAAUCAAUAAGAAACGGAGCUGUUCUUUGCCUUGUUUUCUGGGUCAUAAUUUGCCAGUGGUCUGCCUUCUUUAUCCUUUCUCAAAGUAAUUCAGCUUUGCAGUGUUGCACCAGCAGAAUGAAUAAUAUAUGUGCCACAGAGCUGUGUGCUAUUAGUCAUUCUCCUAAACAUUCCAUAGGAGCUUCCUGGCUUGCUGCUGUGAUAUGAAGUUUCUAGUCACUUGUGAAUUUUAUUCAGUUGUGUAUAAUAUAUGCCUAUUUUUUAAUGGGAAUAAAGAUUAUUUUUUACUAUUUGUAGCUUCAA